UGUAUCCUUGGAUUUAUGAGAAUAUUUUAUCAGAGAAUAUUCUGUGGUUAUAUUAUUACAUGUGCAACGUACACGCGGUAAAUUCAAUAGUUUAUGAUAACAGUUACACUAUAAUUUAUAGUCUACACAAGUCUACACAGUACACAUUUUACUUAAGUUGAUUAUCGGUACAGGCCACAGCACGAAUUAAAAGUUUUUAAAAAUAUAAUUCACAUUUAAUAUUGUUAUUGAUUUACGUUUGAAGUUAAAUAAUUCACUAUUAUCCAUCAUUCGUAUUUGUUUAGUUAUGAUCUUAUUUGUAGUUUAGUAACUAGUUAAGUUACUAGUUUUAAGUUAAAAAUAUAUAUAAAACAAAUUUACAAUGAAACAAUUGACAGAUGACCGAAUGAAAGUAUUUUUUGAAAAAUUGUCAAAAUACAUUGGCUCAAAUAUAAAAUUAUUAAUUGAUCGUUCAGAUGGAAAAUACUGUUUUCGUGAAAAGAAAGAUCGAGUUUAUUACGUGUCUGAAAAAGUAUUAAAUAUGGGAUCCAUGAUGAAUCCUGAUAACAUAAUUAGUAUAGGGACAUGCUUUGGUAAAUUUACUAAAUCUGGAAAAUUUAGAAUACAUAUAACAUCUUUAGAUUAUCUGGCUCCAUAUGCUCAGCAUAAAAUGUGGAUAAAACCUGCAGCUGAACAACAGUUUCUUUAUGGUCAUAAUGUAUUAAAGUCUGGUCUUGGGCGAAUUACAGAAAGUACUACUCAAUACCAAGGAGUUAUUGUAUUCUCAAUGAGUGAUGUUCCUUUGGGUUUUGGUGUCGCAGCAAAAAAUACUACUGAAUGUAAACACACAGAUCCACUAUCCGUAGUUUGUUUUAAUCAAGCCGAUAUCGGUGAAUUUAUUCGAUGUGAAGAUGAUUUAAUAUAAUACAUUUACUUGUAUUAUUAUUAUUAGGUAUUUUUAAUAAACAACUUGUUGACAUUCUAAA